CCUCCCCCGGAGGAGGGGUAGCAGCUGGAGGGAGCCCUCUCCAAACCCUGGCAAGCCUCAGGAUGCACAGAGGAGAUCCCUGACAUCCAAGGCAGAGGCACCCGGGCUACAUACAUAGCGACCACAGCCUCCAGCAGCAUGAUGUCCCUCUCCCCAUCUCCUUCCAGUGGGGUGAGGUAGUUUCUCCAGGAAAUGAAGCGGAGGAUUGGCUCCGGAGCCGGAUUUAUCACUUUGUUAGGAUGAAUGAGGAGUAGCCAUGUUAUUAUGCUGACAUCUAAGCAUGCAUUUGGUAGACCUGUGGCUAACACGUUCUCUCUCCAUGUGUCUGCUCUUACAGAGUUUUGUUCUAAUGAUACUGUGCUUUCAUUCUGCCAGUAUGUGCCCCAAAGGCUGCCUUUGUUCUCAUUCAGGAGGCUUAAAUGUCAGCUGCAGUAAUGCAAAUCUCAAGGAAAUACCAAGAGACAUACCCCCUGAAACUGUUUUACUCUACCUAGACUCUAAUCAAAUAACAUCUAUCCCUAAUGAUAUUUUUAAAGACCUCCACCAGUUGAAGGUUCUUAACUUAUCCAAAAAUGGCAUUGCAUUUAUAGAUGAGAACUCUUUUAAAGGUGUUGCAGAAACAUUGCAGAUUUUAGACUUGUCAGACAACCAGAUUACAAGUGUCCACAAGAAUGCAUUCAGCAACUUAAAGGGACGGGCCAGAAUUGCUAACAACCCGUGGCAUUGCGACUGUACAUUGCAGCAGGCUUUGAGGAGCAUGGCAUCCAUUCAUGAGACUACCAGCAAUGUCAUCUGCAAGACGUCUGACCUGGAUGAACAUACCGGACGGGCUUUGCUGACUAAUGCUAACGAUGCAGACCUUUGCAAUAUUCCCAAAAGGACUACAGACUAUGCCAUGUUGGUCACUAUGUUUGGCUGGUUCACCAUGGUGAUUUCCUAUGUGGUAUACUAUGUAAGGCAAAACCAGGAGGAUGCAAGAAGGCAUCUUGAAUACUUGAAAUCUCUGCCAAGCAGGCAAAAAAAACCAGAUGAAGCCGAUGACAUUAGCACUGUGGUAUAGUAUCAAAAGCAAAAGAACUGGGGCAAAAAUGAAUAUUAACUUGGAUGGUGUUGCGGCAAACUCGGUUAUAAUGUUUCUUGCAAACCUCUUUGCCUUUUUUUAAAAAAUGCUUACAGCAGCAGAAUUUUGCCACCGUUGAGGAACAAUACAAGAAAAUCUUUGUUAGAAUGUUGUCUCUUUGAUGGUAUCCAAAUUAACUAGUAUGUAAUCAUACGUUAGAAUGCAUUUCACUAUUUAAUAAUUAUUAAAUAUUUAUUUUUUUAAUUUAUAACAAAUAAAAUAAUAAAGGCUUAACUUUGAAGCGUGUAAAUCAUAGUGAUAUAUGUUCUUUAAAACACGAUAAGCUACUUGGUUAUCCAAUUUAUUUUUAUAGGGUAGUAAACAUUAUGCAACACUGGUAUUGUGAAACUAUGUGAAAUGGCUAUAGAACUGUAGUAUACAAAAAGUCAAACGGUUUCUGUAUAAAGGGCAGUUCGGGACCAAACUCCUAAAUGUGGAACAGUUACCAUGGAAGUGAAUGGAAUGUUCCAAUGGAAUCGAAUUGCUCCAUAUUUAGCACUCUUGUACCAGAGUUGCUGUUUAUAAGUAGCCUAUAUAGUCUUCUGUAAAACAAAUAUUCUUUCUUCCUUGCGCAAAAACGUGCAAUAUCAGAGUGCAGACAUAUGAGCAAGUGCAGAUCCAUUAUUUGCAACGUUUGUAAAAAUGUGUCACAUAACGGUGCAGAUUUUAUCAGCAUAUACAUAUAGGGGAAAAAUAAAAAGCAAAGUCACUUAAAAAUAUCAGGGCAAA